GCUUUGUUGUCAUUUGCCUGGAUACGGUGCUUGUGCUUCAUCCUGCGGUGCUGCAGCGCUAACAGAUGCUCACAGAAAAUCCCGUCGACAUCGCAUUAAAAGUGUGCUGAUGGACGAGAGCGCAGAGCUGGCUGUCUCUAUAACGCAGAUUGUCCAGCGGCUCAAGGGGACUCAUUUACACUCUCAGCUGGAGAAACAGGCUAAAGAAUGUUUGCACAAACCCGAAAUUAAACUGGAAACGCUGAAAGAUGAUGUGAGAAGAUUGUUAAAGGCAUCAGGUUGGGAGAGAAAAUUACAAAAUGCAGUUUACAGGGAAUUACACAUUCUGCCUCCCCCUGGGCACCCUAGAGCACCUCCUGAACACACCAAAGAGCCCUUGGAAUAUAUGCGCAAAGCCCAGGUGAACUGGGAGAAGAGGAUCCUGAAGAGUUUGAACAGUAUGUGCACUGAGUUGGGAAUCCCACUGGCACGGAAGCGGCCGGUCCCAGAGCAGAAAGAGCUGACAAAUAAAUGGAACGAGAUGGGAACUGAUGAACCAGACCUAAGCAAAUUCAGGCCUGUCUAUGCACCCAAAGAUUUCCUUGAGGUGUUGGUUGGUUUAAGAAACCCAAAUAAUGAGCGCAGUGAAGAUCUCACAGUCAGAAGCCACUGGGGAUUAAUCCAGGUUUCCUUCAACGUCCGUGACAUUCCUCAAAUGAGGGAAAUGUAUCCAGAACUAGGUCUUACUUAUGGACAACUUGGUAUAGAUGAUCACACUCAUGUUCCUCCAGAUUUGUUUGAGAGUGAGCACAUUCACAUUGGAAAAAAAGUGGUGAGUGAGCAAGACAGUGCAGCGGCGCAGCAGUACAGCAGACAGGGCUGCCCCACCGGUCUCAGGGCCCAGCUAUGGUCUCUCAUCCUGAAUACGACUAAUGAUCCUGAGGACAUAACACAUUAUGAACAGCUGAAGGCUAGAGUUAUAAACCAUGACCUGCUGGUGGACAACCUAAUAUAUAAGGAUGUGAAGCUGACUGCAAGUAAUGACGAUUACUACUUUGUGUUUGAGGACUAUUUAUAUCAAGUCUUGCUGUGUUUUUCUCGAGACACUGCAGUCCUAGAGCAUUUCAGCUACAACAGCGCUACACCACCUAAAUCUUGCAUCCAAAACAAGUCUGGCUCAGAGCAGUGUGCUGUGGUUUACCCCCCGAAUGGUGUCAUCCCAUUUCAUGGCUUCUCAAUGUAUGUUGCUCCACUGUGUUUCUUAUAUAACGAGCCGUCAAAGCUGUACAGAGUGUUUAGAGAGAUGUAUAUUCGCUACCUCUUCAGACUACACUCUAUCUCCUCACAUCCAUCUGGUAUAGUGUCUUUGUGCUUGCAGUUUGAGAGAUUACUGCAGACUCAUCUUCCCCAGCUUUUCUACCAUCUACGAGAGAUUGGAGCCCAGCCGUUGCGUAUUGCCUUUAAGUGGAUAGUCCGAGCCUUCUCAGGAUACCUGUCCACUGACCAGCUCCUAUUGUUAUGGGACCGUAUCCUAGGAUAUGAUUCCUUGGAGAUAGUAGCAGUCCUGGCUGCUGCUGUCUUUGCCUUCCGAGCUGAAAACCUAAUGGAAGUGACGUCACUGGCAUCAGCUGAGGCUGUUCUUGCUGACCUCUCAACCCUGAAGGUGAUGCCCUUGCUGCAGAUCUUCCUCUUCGCCACCUCCGUCUGAGAAACCAGCGGUGUAUUUGUCUGUUUUGGUGGCUGGAUGUUCCAGUCCAUUUUGUUUUCAUGUUGACUUUAAAGGGAUAGU